CGUCUGACAAUUUAGUACAAUAUAUAUUCUCGCAAAAUGCCACGUCCAUCGAAAAUUAAAGGUGCACCUCCGCCGAAUUGGGGAAGGUUUACGCCCGUUUUCGAGAAUUUAUCCGAUUCUGAUUCAGAAGAGGACGAAGAGUUCAUCAAGCAUUUGUUCAGCGACGAAACCCUCAAGCAGCUUGAGUCGGAGGACACUGAGAAACAGAAGAAUCCAGGAAGCGCGAAGAAAGAGCAUUUAAGUAGCAAGGACAACAUGAAGCUAUUGAAAGAAAAAAACGAAAAGACGAAAAAGGACAAAGAGAUUCCCCCCCUUUUUAACCAGACAGGAAGAAACACCCCAGCAAAUAUUUCAAACAUGUCUUUGCCCAGCCGCUUUAAGCCUAUACAAAAAACAAGAAAUCAAGGCCAAACAUCAAGGCCAGAUACUCCCGUUCCACCACAAAUGUCACGCCAUUUUGGUGCCCCACUUCUAAAACCGUUGCCCACUAAGUUUUGCAUUGGUGAUGUGGUUCUGGACUUUGGCCUCGAGGAGAACUCCGAACCCAUGCACGUGAUCGCCGAUGUGGACCCAAUGCCCCCACCAAGUUCAUCAAGGAUAGUCAAGACCCGACGAUUGCCCACCAAGUACAAGGUGAAACAGCUGCCCAAAGUGCGCGGUAUGCCGCCAAAACCUGCCUACGAAAACGAUCCACCAGCAAUAGAUCCAAAGUGGUUAAUGGAACACUCUUUUCGACCCAUAUCCCCCAUUAAAACAAAGUUCGUGGAAGAGGUGAAUAUCGAUCUGCCUUCCUCAGAGGAUAUUUGGAAGAGUUACAGUGACUUGAAGAAGGGUUUGGUAAAGCCCUCAGAAGUAGAGUGGCCUUUGUGUUGUUUGGAAGAUCAGAAAAAAUCCAAGACUCCUCAAAAAAUUAUGGAACCUCCAAAGUCCCGGAAGUCUCUCUCAAAAAUAGUUGAUCCUGAAAAUAAGACUCCUUCUGAGGUGCUUUUGAAUUGGGAAACAAACAGGAAAUUGUUGAAUGAUACGCAGCAUCGAAAUUUUCACGUUGAAGAUACAGCCUUUGAUCACAUGAAUAUUAGCGUUGAAGAAGAGCGAGCCAUGAAGGAUUGGAUCAAAACGGAGCUGCUCAACGAACCUCAAAGUGAUAUAGAAGAGUUUGAUAUGCUUUUGAACUUGGCUAGAGAUCCCGAAAAACGGAGUAUCCUGUUUGCGUUAUUAAAGCCCAAGAGUCUUGUUAGCACGGAAGUAAAGGAAGUUAGAAAGAAGUUACCUUUGACUGAAGUUCUGCCCCGUAAAAUGGUUAUAGCAGAGCCACAGUUAAGAAAAAAAGAUGAAACGACUAAAUCAGUAGUUUUGCCAGAAACCCUUCCAGAAAUGGAAAAACCAGUUCAGAAAGCGCAAAUGAAAGAACUUAGACCAGAGCGACCCAUUAUUCUUGAGGUUAAAGAUAUCAAACCAGUACCUCCGAAACCUCAAGAGGAGUCAGCCAUUCAGGAUUGGCUACAGCAGUGUAGUAACACCAUUUCCCAGCAACUGCAACUGCUCAUCUAUGAGGAUAGUGUUAGCAACCCUAAAGAACCCGAAGGAAUCGAUUUCGAAAACGAGAUAAGCAAGGAGCAGAUGAAGCCGCGAAUUCCAGGAAAGUCCAACAUAUCAUCUUCAACGGAUUCUGGCUGGCAGAAUAGCUACAAAGUUCGACUCGAAGACUUUGAGGAUAUUAUUGAUCAAAGUAUGACGGAAUUUAGGGAUCCCCAAGCCAAAAGACUCCGUUCCAAGUGGAACCAGCAAUUUGGCCUAAAGUCGGCGGAGAAUCUGAGGAGAUCGUUGGUGCUUCCACCUUUGCCAGUUCAUCUGGAUCAGUGCCUCCAGAAGAUCAGGAUCCUACGUCGACCGGCCAAACGUAAAGUCGAGGACCUGCGCCUGCGCAUCGAGAUGAAGUUCUGCAAAAUGUUUUGCACUCUGCAAAUAAACAGAAAUUUGAAUUUAAAAAUGGCCGUAAAUAGCCUUAAUAAUGCUGUUUACAACAGCGAUAUAGAUGUUAUCCAAAAGCGAUUUGAGGCCACGCAGAUAGCCUGGGUUUGGGCCAAUGGCACUGUGAUGAUUAUCAACGGAAGAAGCCAGGCAAUGCUGGCCGAAACCCAAAGGGAACUGAUGACCAAGCUCAUGUUGCAGGUUAAUUUCAAGGCGGAUCCUUCACAUCAGCUAUUACAUUUGCGACUCAUAUCCUGUGCCUACUAUCCCUGGCGAAUUGCUCUGACCGAAUUUAGCGAGGCCUAUGCCCUAUGCUCGGAACCCCUCAUCAAGGAGAUGCACUACGUCUACUACGUGGACAAGGGACUGCCCGGCGUGGCAGCUCGGGUUCAUGAGACGGGAAUGAUCCACGUCUUCGCCAUGGACACGGCUCAGGCGGAUAAAAUGCUGGAGAAACUAUAUCUGAUAACGGCCAAUCAUCGAAAGGCCGAAAUCAAGGUUAUCAAAAAUGAACCUAUUUAA